UUACUCAUUGAGAGACAUUGUCCCUGUAACACCUGGCACACGGAGACGACACUUGUUCCGAACGGAGCUGCUCUUCGGCCAAAACCUGCGCAUUGAACUAGGCGUAAAGCUGCUGCUUGGCACCUCACAUUAGCACCAUUCACAGAAGGUGUAGGUGGCUCCUGCGGAAGGAUGGUGCAGAAAUCUAUUGUAAUCGGCUUGGCGGCGUUGCUGGUGGCGGUGGUGUGCAUCUUCCUUGGGGUGUUUUUUGGGGUGGACAGGACGUCAUCAUCAUCAUCAUACUACAGCAAAGCCGCUGUUGCUGCUGAUGCAGGACCCUGCUCAGAGAUCGGCAGGGAUAUGCUGCAGAAAGGUGGCUCAGCAGUGGAUGCCUCUAUUGCUGCCCUGCUGUGUGUGGGACUGAUGAAUGCACACAGCAUGGGCAUCGGAGGAGGACUCUUCCUCACCAUCUACAACAGCUCUACAGGAAAAGUGGAGACCAUUGAUGCCAGGGAAACCGCGCCCAGGCUGGCCACGGAAGGCAUGUAUGGGAGUGACGAACUGCUUGCCCGCAAAGGUGGGUUGGCGAUUGCGGUCCCAGGGGAGAUUCGUGGGUACAGUUUGGCGCACCAGAGACAUGGCAAGCUCCCAUGGAAGGACCUGUUCACCCCCAGCAUUCAGCUGGCCCGCAACGGUUUCCCUGUGAGCCGAGCGCUAGCAGGUGCCAUCGCGAGCAACAAGGACACCAUCCUCAGCGAUGAAGCUUUAUGUGAAGUGUUUUGCGACCCGAGCAAAAAAAACAUUCUGAAGGAAAAGGACAUCAUUACAUUUCCCAAGCUGGCCAGGACCUAUGAGCAACUGUCCGUAGAGGGGCCAGAGGCGUUCUACAAUGGGACCAUGGCACAGAAUAUUGUAAAUGACAUAAAGGCCAGAGGGGGCAUCGUGUCUCUGGAGGACCUGCGGGACUACACCCCCGUCCUGGACGAGCACCCCUUGAAUUUCAGCAUGGGGGAGUACACCAUGGGCGUCCCUAAUGCCCCUUCCAGCGGUCCCAUCCUCGGCCUCAUGCUAAACAUCCUCCAAGGUUUCGGGCUCACCGCAGCAAGUGUCUCCUCCCGUGAGAAGAAGGCUCUGACAUAUCACCGCAUCGUGGAGGCCUUCCGAUUCGCCUACGCCCAGCGGAGCAGACUGGGGGACCCCGACUUCCUCAACGUCACAGAGCUGAUCAGCAACAUAACCUCGAAAGAAUUCGCCAGCGAUGUCCGGCGCAGGAUCACUGACAACAUGACACACCCAACCAACUACUACGAUCCGGAAUUCUCCCUCCCAGACAACCAAGGCACCGCCCACCUGUCCAUCAUAGCCGAGGAUGGGAGCGCUGUGGCCGCCACCAGCACCAUCAACCACUACUUUGGCUCCAAAGUACGGUCACCAACAACCGGCAUCAUCUUCAACAACGAGAUGGACGACUUCAGCUCUCCAAAUAUUACCAACCACUUUGGGGUGCCUCCGUCCCCCAGCAACUUCAUCCGUCCGGGCAAAAGGCCCAUGUCCUCCAUGUGUCCAGCCAUCUUACUGGACAAAAACAACAGAGUCAAAAUGGUGGUGGGGGCCUCGGGCGGGACCCAUAUCACCACGGCAACCGCCUUGGUCAUUCUGAAUGCGUUGUUCUUCGAGUACGACCUGAAGAGGGCGGUGUCCGAACCCCGGCUGCACAACCAGCUCCUACCCAACACCACGCUCCUUGAGAAUGGCUUUGACAAGGGUGUGAUGGCUGGUUUGGAGCAGCGGAACCAUGAGAUAGACGUGUGGGAAAAGUUAAACGGGGUGGUGCAGGCUGUGAUGAGGAAGGAGAAUCGGCUCUAUGGCGAAUCGGACCACAGAAAGGGUGGCUACCCCGCAGGCUUCUGAGGAACCCGGACCUGAAGUACUGUUCACAUGAACCACGUGAAUCUGAACUACAACCAGGGAACCACUCUUCAAGGUCACAAAUAUGUGAUUAGAAUGUCCUUAACUGGACGUACUGAUGCUGAUGUCACAAUCAGCACUUGCAAUAGAAAGCAAAUGGAGUUCUAGAACACUUCUAGAACUCUAUAAUUUUGCAAAAGAAAAGCAUUCCAAAGAUCCUACCCUUCAAAGGGUUAGUGUGCCAAAUUCCACGGUGCCUUGGAGGGAGGAGGUGAUGUGGGUGGGGCUCCCUCCCUCUUCCCCCUCUCCACUUCUCAUUUUUAACAAUAUGAUGAUUAUGCUUAUGAUAAUGUCAUCUACAUUAACAUAAUUCUUGCUAUCAUCAUUAGCAAUAUUAUUUUAUCAUAAUUAUAAUUGCUGUCUUUACUAUUGCCUUCAUAAGCAUCAUCAUAAUAAUUAGGCAAAGAUUGAUAAUCUUUCAAUAGAGACGGUUUCUGCUCUUAUGUCUUGUGGGUGUAUGACAUAUGCACAUCCAACAUUCAUUGCUGGUGCAGGACUCAGAAUGAAUCAUAAAAAAGAAAUUAAUGCCUGCAUGGUUCAAUGAUUGAAAAAUAAUGAUCUGUAAUUGUCUUGAGAUUACGUGGAUGGGGAUGGGUGGUUGCUUGAGGACAAACUGUCGAACAGGGGGCAAUCUGUUCACUUUGCACUGUUAAUAAUUGUAUUUACUGCUAACCUUUUCCUCUGUUCUCAUUUAUUGAAUAUGAUUGGUCAAUGAAAAAAUCAGUCUUAUUUUUUGAAUGUAGUAUUCACCAGAUCUGCCCCUAUUUGGCUUUACAAAAGUAUUUAUUACAUUAUUUAUUAUAUCGUUGUCCUGCCAGUAGAUUUCAAUUGGGGGCAAUAAUCUGCGUGGUGAUCAUUUUCCUCGUGUGAAACAUUGUAACAUUGCCUGUCCAGACACCCAACAGACCCUUGUUGUGAUGUCACUUCCUCUUUGUGAUAAGGUGUAAACUCAGGGCUGGUUACAGAAACAGCGCUGUAUAACUGUCACUCUUACCCGUGACUGUAAUUAUGUAUGUGGCUCUCCUUCCGGCUUCUCAUUUGGCCAAUGGCAGUGCUUUGAACCAAAUUCCAGAAUUAAAUGAAUGGCCACCUGUACAUUAUUUUACCACAUUUGCCUGACACAUUUUUCUUUUUCUUUUUUUAAAUUAUCAUUACUUUUACUUGUAGAGAUUUUUCCUCCAUUAAUCAUUACUUUUAGACAUGGGAGUAAAUGCUUUGUUGGAUGGUUUACAGAUUACAAAAGAUACUCUCCUGUCCAGCCAUCCCAAUGAAUGCAAAGGCUGUUCUCACUGCUGGCUUGGAGCCAGCAAGACGCAUUAAACAAACUCAGGACUGAGUAAACUU